GCGGAAGUUAUUUUUCCCCCGGCCGGCAGGGAGUUGUAGUUGUCUUUGAAAGCUUUCUCUUUCUUUUGGCAUAGGCGGGAAAUGUGGCGUUAAGAGGCUGGGAUUCCGAGACAGAAGCGAGGUUUUCACGAAAAUGCGAGCGACUUCGGCAAGGGGCGGGGCCGCUAGACGUGGAUGAAAGGUACGGGGCCAGCGUGGACCAAUCAGGCCUCUUUGGGGCGGGGCCUCUGUGGAAAGUGGGCGUGGCCUAGGGGGGAAAUCACCAAGAACGCACCGGAGGUCCUUGCCAGCCCUGGAAAACGCCCUCUGCGGUGAAGGAGAGACCACACCGCCAUGCCUCCCUCUGGGCCCCGAGGAACCCUCCUUCUGUUACCGUUGCUGCUGCUGGUCCUGCUUCGCGCUGUGCUGGCUGUCCCCCUGGAGCGAGGGGCGCCCAACAAGGAGGAGGCCCCUGCGACUGAGAGUCCCGACACAGGCCUGUACUACCACCGGUACCUCCAGGAGGUCAUUGAUGUGCUGGAGACAGAUGGGCAUUUCCGAGAGAAGCUGCAAGCUGCCAAUGCGGAGGACAUCAAGAGCGGGAAGCUGAGCCGAGAGCUGGACUUCGUCAGCCACCAUGUCCGCACCAAGCUGGAUGAGCUCAAGCGACAGGAGGUAUCGCGGCUGCGGAUGCUGCUCAAGGCCAAGAUGGACGCCGAGCAGGAUCCCAAUGUACAGGUGGAUCAUCUGAAUCUCCUGAAACAGUUUGAACACCUGGACCCUCAGAACCAGCACACAUUCGAGGCCCGCGACCUGGAGCUGCUGAUCCAGACGGCCACCCGGGACCUUGCCCAGUACGACGCAGCCCAUCAUGAAGAAUUCAAGCGCUACGAGAUGCUUAAGGAACAUGAGAGGCGGCGUUAUCUGGAGUCACUGGGAGAGGAGCAGAGAAAGGAGGCAGAGAGGAAGCUGGAAGAGCAACAGCGCCGGCACCGCGAGCAUCCCAAAGUCAAUGUGCCUGGCAGCCAAGCCCAGUUGAAGGAGGUGUGGGAGGAGCUGGAUGGACUGGACCCCAACAGGUUUAACCCCAAGACCUUCUUCAUACUGCAUGAUAUCAACAGUGAUGGUGUCCUGGACGAGCAGGAGCUGGAGGCCCUCUUCACCAAGGAGCUGGAGAAGGUGUACGACCCAAAGAAUGAGGAGGACGACAUGCGGGAGAUGGAGGAGGAGCGGCUGCGCAUGCGGGAGCACGUGAUGAAGAAUGUGGACACCAACCAGGACCGCCUCGUGACCCUGGAGGAGUUCCUCACAUCCACUCAGAGGAAGGAGUUUGGGGACACCGGGGAGGGCUGGGAGGUGAGAACAUGGGGGAUACUCGGGGUCCUGAACCUCUCUCUCUUCCAGCCAUGA